AUGAGCAAGGAUGGAACGAAUCCAUCUGGAUCUGGGCCAAGUGUAGCAUCAACAAGCAAUGGUAAUUCUACAUGUGAAUAUUCAGAUGACGCAACAAUAGAAAUUGAUGAUAACGAACAAAUUUAUGUAGAAUCUCCAGCACAUUUUGUCCAAAAAGGAAUGGAAUCAAUUGGUGAACUGGAGAUUAAAAAAGCACCGAAUACCAUAAUGUCGGCUGAUGAUUUCAAGAAAUUUCAACCUGAUUUAACUUUUCAUAAUCGACAAAUCGUAGUUGAAUGGAUGUAUAGAGUUGCAAAGAAAAUAUCAUUACCAUCCGAAGUUUUAUACAGUUCAAUAUCAUUAUUAGAUAAAGUAUUGACAUCGUAUACAGUGCCAAAAGAUGACGUUCAAUUAACAGCAAUUACAUGCUUGUGGAUACAAAACAAGAUGGAUGAACGACAUCGCCAUCAUAAAUUGGCAUUGUAUGCCGCUGUGUGCCAAAAUGCUUUUCAACCGAUUGAUUUUGAAAAGAAAGAGAUAGAAAUUGUUAGCUUUUUUGGAGGACAGGUCGAAUUUCAAACAGCUUUCAACAUAAUUAAAAUACUCCUCGACGAAAUAAACUUCACUCAUAAGCUACGCUUCGUUCAAUUUUAUUAUGAUGUUUCAUUACUAUCAUUCAGAUUCAACGAACUACCAGUCACAGCUACUGCUGUCAUAGCAAUAAAUUGCGCACUUCAAAAUGAUUGUCCAUUAAAAACAUUAUGUCAGAAAUGCAAAUUAAUAGAGGAAGAUGUUAUUAACGAAUCUAUAUUUUUAAAUAAAGUUUCGCAAACUGUUGUUAGUGGAAAAGAAUGCGGAAUAUAUGUUGAGUAUUGCUCAAAGGAUGAUAAAGUAAUGGAAAAUCUCUUAGAUGGAGUGAAGUACUUUGAGAAGUAUCAAAAAUCCGAAUCAAAUUCAUGA